UCAUGCAAUAUUAGAGACAGCCAUUUUUGAGAGGUUCAUGCAUUUGGAUAAACACUAACAGCAGACUAAGGUGACGUUCCUUCCCAUUGAGAGAAUUAUAACGAUAACUAUGAUGACGUGAGGUGUGGAUUUUCCUGUUCAUUAGCGUACGAAAAACAAUAGAAGGUGUUGUAGAUUUCACAGAAUGGCAUAAUUUCGGAUUUUAAGCAUCGCCCUGUGGUUCGCAUUGGUGGAAAGUAAAAGCAGCGAAACUUUUCGCUUUUCGGAUUACAACUGUAAACGUGUUCCGUUCUACACAAUGGACGCCACUAGAGAAUUCUAUGUUGAAUGGACAGGAAGCCCUCUGGUGGAACCUCGGUUUUUUGACUGCAAGGUGACCUUUGACCCAGUGGAACCACUAAGUAGAAUCUGCGUUGACGUGGAAUCGUUUAAUAUACAAGAUUGUAACGUAAAAAUUCAUUAUUACGACCAUACCAAGGCAGUGGAAAAUGCACGGACGUACGGUUGUAACAAAUCUCCUACCAAAUAUUGUCGACGUAACCAGAUUGAUAUAGGACUGUACGCAAAGAGUGCUAAAUCGAUUUCCAAAACAUCGAACUCUUUUCGCCUGAAAGUCUAUGUCGAGUCAGACGCCAAGGACACGAAGAAAGACUAUACCUGGGUGAUCGGACUUGUUGCCGUACUAGUUACCGUGGGAAUUGCCAUGUUUUGCAUCAUCAUCUAUCGACGAAAAAGAUCAACUGGAACUGUGUUUAGAAAUUCUGAAAUCCCCCACACACGUCUGAACAAUACAACAUCAGAUCCCGCACAUCCGGACCCCAACCUUCCACCCUGGUACACUGCGAAUGAUUCGAUAACCACGGAGUACACAGUUACCGUUCCUGUCGUGGUGAACACUGGGAGAUUGUAAUGUAGUGAACAUAGCGCGUUUGCUCAUCGCAUAGAUCUGACUAUGAAUUUCUAUUUCUAAAUGUUUAUUUUACCAUGAUUUAAGUCUCAAUCAUGAAAACAUAGCAGGAAAGCUAGUGGUAUGCAGUUGAGGUAUAGAUUUAUUGUUUAUUUAUAUUUAUGUACAAGUCAUUGGAAAAUCAAAUGAAUACACACAUGCAGACUUUGUAUAAGCUUGUCCUGAUAUUUAUCACUACGCAAUACAUUAUUAUCAAGUACGUUUCCUUUGAAACUACUUUUAACCUUACUUUCAUAGUUCUAUCCUUACAUGUACUCCUCUUGGCAAUAAUUACUCGCUACAAUGCGAUGAACAUGCAGAUUUUAUCUGUAAAUAUGUACAUGUACAAUAUAAAUUAUAUACCUUACAGCAGAAUGGUGAAAUUGUUCUAUACCUAUUCCUGCAUACCAGGAAAAUAUUUCACAAUGCAUUUCAGAAUUGUCACAGGAUGGCUACCAGGCAGUAAAAAACACAAGACCAUUUCCUGUUUAUUUGUGUUUUAUUACGAUUGCAAUGUUCAUCUGAAUCAUGUCUGUCCUUUUCUGUGAUCAAUAAAGGAGUAAAGCAGAA